UCAUGUUGCGUUUCUCGUUGUUGUGAUAUGCGUGGAAACGCGGAAUGCUGUACCACUCGUGUCCGAGAAUGGGGCUAUGAGAUACUUGUCGCAGUUUGGGUACUUGCCACCAUCGAAUCCCACCAGCAGUCAUAUUAUAACUAAGGAUACAAUGUCCAAGGCGAUUACGGAAUUUCAAUCGUUCGCGGGAUUGAACGUCACAGGUUUCUUGGAUAACGAGACCGUUGCCCUCAUGUCGGCCCCCAGAUGCGGGGUGAAGGACAAAGUUGGGGCGAGCUCUGAUGGGAGAUCGAAGCGUUAUGCUCUUCAAGGCUCCAGAUGGCGAGUGAAGAAACUCACCUACAAAAUAACAAAAUAUCCGCGAUUACUGGAGAAGGCCGCAGUAGAUAAGGACAUUGGCCGAGCAUUUGCGGUCUGGUCGGAGUACACGGAUCUGACAUUCACUCAGAAGAGAUCGGGACAGGUGCACAUUGAGAUUAGAUUCGAGAGAGGAGAGCACGGGGACGGCGAUCCCUUCGACGGACCCGGGGGCACUCUUGCUCACGCCUAUUUCCCGGUGUACGGGGGUGAUGCCCACUUCGACGACUCCGAGCAUUGGACGGUCAACAGCUAUCGCGGCACUAAUCUCUUUCAAGUUGCUGCUCACGAAUUUGGGCAUUCGCUGGGACUGAGCCACAGCGAUAUCAAGUCUGCGUUGAUGGCGCCCUUCUACAGGGGAUAUGAUCCCAAUUUUAUGCUCGAUAGCGAUGACAUUCAAGGAAUUCAGGCGCUGUAUGGAGCUAGAACGACAGAAACUGAGGGUAAAGAUCCGCAUGUUCACCACAAGACGACUGUAGCACCGACAGGAGAGGAAGAUCCAGAGCUCUGCUCAGAUCCUAAAGUAGACGCUAUGUUCAAUUCCGCUGAAGGCAACACAUACGUCUUCAAGGGUGAUCAUUACUGGAAGCUGACAGCGGAUGGUGUGGCCAGUGGGUAUCCCAGGCUGAUCGCCAACUCUUGGAGGGGACUGCCUGGAGAUAUCGAUGCGGCUUUCACGUACAAGAACGGAAAAACUUACUUUUUCAAGGGCUCCAAAUACUGGAGAUACGUUGGCAAGAGGAUGGACGGUGACUAUCCAAAAGACAUAAGCGAGGGAUUCACGGGAAUCCCCGAUAACAUCGACGCAGCGACAGUCUGGACCGGAAACGGAAAAAUCUACUUCUACAAAGGCACUAAGUUCUGGAGGUUCGAUCCCUCCCAGAGGCCCCCAGUGAAGAGCACGUAUCCAAAGCUCAUAUCGAACUGGGAGGGACUGCCCAACAAUCUCGACGCAGCCCUCACCUACCACGGUUUCACGUACUUCUUCAAGGACAAGGCGUACUACCGGUUUAAUGACCGAACGUUUUCGGUGGAUGUCGCUGAUCCUGCCUUCCCAAGGACGACUGCUUACUGGUGGUUCGGCUGCAGAUCAGCGAGUCGGGGUACGCUAGGUAAUAUGGAAUGGAAGAAUAGUUAUCCAUGUUGGUCAGGCAAUCUGGAGGAACACGGCGACGACCUCAAUCACGACGAUGUUGACGACAUCAUUUUAGAUGCAGGAGGCACUGACGAACAGCUUGUGACAUCCUCCAAUCAAGACUCUGGAAAUUCUGGAGCCCAUUCCAAUUUCAAUCAUCAAUUGUGCCGCUUGCCUCUCUUCGUUACUGCCCUCAUUAUUUUACAGAGGUUUACGGUGACAUAAGGUAACGCUCAAUUGGAUGUUAAUGCAUCGAAUUUAGGAGAGACAUUGCCAUUUCCACGAUUUCCAUUGUCAAUCGACGAGAAUAUUCAUGAUUGGUGAUUGAUUAUUUAUAUUGCAAAAGGCGAUAUGAUUUACGAAAAUAAUUCGGUAGAUAAUGUCUUAUCAUUUCUCACAAUUUAUUAUGUUGUGAUAAUUGCCGUGAAAUUAUGGCCUUUUGUCUUCGCCAAUGACAAAAUUCAACAGGUAAAUGGGACGAAUUCCCAUCAACGGGAUGAAUUGCACAGGACGAUGAAAAUACGUGGAAAAUCAUCCACUGUUGUAUUUCCUUAGUUAUGUUCACGUAAUAAGCAUCAUCAUAAUGUAUAAAACGCAAGGGAGGAUCAUGCAUUUAAUUUAAAAUUAAUGUAUUGAAAUUGUAAUCUGAGUUGACCGUUACACUGCCAAAUCAUGUGACGUGUAACUUAUUUCCAUAAUCAAAGAUAGGAGUGGGUGAGGAGUGAUCGACUGAGUGCCUUUAAGUAUAGGAUGUAUUUUCGUUUAGUUAUUCGGGAAUAACGCGUAGAAGGUGUGCCACUCUACCUCUAUGAAUGAGUUUCCGGGAGUGAAGGGGGUGAGGGAGGGAGGUUCGUAUGAAAAAAUCGUACAAAAAUUUUCGAAUGUGAUAUUCGGAUAUUUCUAUACGAAUAUUUU